AUGGGUACGCCGUCAUCCAGCCGGCAAUCGCUCAAUACCCCAUCCCCUGUGCCAAGUUCCGUUGAUGAAGAGGAGUUGCUGGGUGACGAGGAGAUGAUGCAUUAUAUCAAGCGGCAGCAGCAGAAGAAGCUGGCGCAUGGGGCCACCCAAGAAGAGUUGGAAGGCAUGCUUCGUUUCCCUGAACCUUCACCCCCUGUUCCACCAUCAACUCCGGCUGCUAUCCUCAAGAGCAGCCAACGUCAUCAACUGUCUGAUUACGAACGGAAGGAAAUUUUGAAUUUCCCCUCUGUGUAUUAUAUUGGCGCGAAUAGCGAGAAGAAGCCCGCGCACCCUGACAAACCGACGAAUAACUUUGGGUACGACGAUGAGCGAGGCGACUAUCUGAUCGUCAAUCACGACCACCUGGCUUAUCGCUAUGAGGUCAUAGACACCUUGGGCAAGGGCUCCUUUGGUCAAGUGCUCAACUGUCGCGAUCACUGCACUGGUGAAUCCGUCGCUAUCAAGAUCAUCCGCAACAAGAAACGCUUUCAUCAUCAGGCCUUGGUCGAAAUCAAGAUCCUCGACAAUCUGCGCAAAUGGGAUGCCGACGAGAAACACCAUGUCAUCAAGAUGACAGAGCAUUUCUACUUCCGCGAUCAUCUGUGCAUUGCCAUGGAACUCCUCAGCAUCAAUCUCUACGAGCUCAUCAAGGCCAACGGGUUUGUCGGAUUUACCACCGCGUUGAUUCGCCGUUUCACCACGCAAAUGCUCGCCUCGCUCUCGCUGAUGCGACAUCACCGUAUUGUACAUUGCGACCUGAAGCCAGAGAACGUUCUUUUACGACAUCCUGCGAAGAGUGCCAUCAAGGUCAUCGAUUUUGGUAGCAGUUGCUUCGAACAUGAGAAAAUUUAUACUUACAUUCAGAGCCGGUUCUAUCGAUCCCCCGAAGUUAUUAUGGGCAUGAACUACCACAUGGCCAUCGACAUGUGGAGCCUUGGAUGUAUUCUUGCCGAACUGUACACCGGCUUUCCCAUUUUCCCUGGCGAGAAUGAGCAAGAGCAGUUGUCUUGCAUCAUGGAGGUGCUGGGUGUUCCGGACAAAGACUUUGUCAACCGUAGUUCUCGAAAGAGACUCUUCUUUGAUUCAACCGGUGCGCCACGGCCUGUCGUUAAUUCCAAGGGCCGUCGAAGACGUCCAGGCACGAAGACGCUUGCGCAGGCUUUGCGUUGCGACGAUGAGCUCUUCGUCGACUUCAUCGCAAAGUGCCUUGUCUGGGAUCCUGAGCGCCGUAUCAAGCCUCAGAACGCGAUGCGCCAUCCAUUCCUCACUGCGGGACGGCGUGCGAAGAUCAGCGCGCCUGCUCCUGGCACUGCGAAAGCGUUGCUCGCUUCUGCUUCAAACCUGUCUAGUCGCAGCAAACCCGUCGAGACGCCAAAGAAGUCGCAAAUCAGCGCUCCUACGCCUCUAACUGCUCGUGUCACUCGUACAACCAAUGCAGUUCCCUCUACGCCCAGUGGCUCUACGUCGAUGCAUUCGAUGGGUUCUGCGAGAUCCUACCGAACGUCCCAAACACAAGCCAUAUCCUCAUACCACUCCAGCCGAACACUGAACGGAUUUGCAACGACCACCAACAAGUGAACUUGAUGUUCACAUCCUUCUCACUUAUUUUACCUCCAUGAUGACUUUGAUCGUACAUUUUUAGAUUGAGUACCUUUUACGAAAACACAAGCUGGCCCUCCAUACCCCUUGGUCCGCUGUAUUUUACCUAUUACUGCUCUGCUUGUCCUUCUGUUGUUCCUGCACAUCGUCGUAAUCCGUCGCAUCACUCUGCACCACAAUAUAAUAUCCAAUUCAUCUAGC